AUGAAAUGGGCACAAACGUCCAAAUGCACUCAGCAAGGAAGCAGCGGCUGUGGAACCAGAUCAGAUUUUAAUGAAUUGGAAAACAAGAACAAGGAUGAACAUGACAAAACCCCCGGAGAGGAGAAGCCAUGCAAAAAUUUGGAAUGUGGAGAGAGCGGCAGUGAGAGCUCCCAUUCCACUUCUCAACCAAGAAUUCUCAUUGGAAAGAAACCCUAUCAGUGCAUGGAAUGUGGAAAGAGCUUCAGGAAAAGCUUCAAUCUCACUUCCCAUCAGAAAAUUCAUAAAGGGGAGAAACCCUAUCAGUGCUUUCAAUUUGAAAAGAGCUUCAGUCUGGGCUCCCAUCUCAUUUCCCAUCAGAGAAUUCAUACAGGGGAGAAACCCUAUCAGUGUGUGGAAUGUGGAAAGAGCUUCAGGAAGAGCUCGGAUCUCACUUCCCAUCAAAGAAUUCAUACAGGAGAGAAACCCUAUCAGUGCCUGGAAUGUGGAAAGAGCUUCAAUACGAGCUCCUAUCUCAGUUCCCAUCGAAGAAUUCAUACAGGAGAGAAACCCUAUCAGUGCAUGGAAUGUGGAAAGAGCUUCAUUCAGAGCUCCUCUCUCACUUCCCAUCAAAGAAUUCAUAGAGGGGAGAAACCCUAUCAGUGUGUGGAAUGUGGAAAGAGCUUCAGUUACAGCCACUAUCUCACUUUCCAUCAGAAAAUUCAUAAAAGAGAGAAACCCUAUCAGUGUGUGGAAUGUGGAAAGAGCUUCAUUACAAGCUCCUCUCUCAAUUCCCAUCAAAGAAUUCAUACAGGGGAGAAACCCUAUCAGUGUGUGGAAUGUGGAAAGAGCUUCAGUUACAGCCACCAUCUCACUUCCCAUCAGAGAAUUCAUACUGGGGAGAAACCCUAUCAGUGCGUGGAAUGUGGAAAGAGCUUCACUCAGAGUUCCUCUCUCACUUCCCAUCAUAAAAUUCAUACAAGAGAGAGACCCUAUCAGUGUGUGGAAUGUGGAAAGAGCUUCAGUAAGAGCUCCAAUCUCACUAUGCAUCAGAGAAUUCAUACAGGGGAGAAACCCUAUCAGUGUGUGGAAUGUGGAAAGAGCUUCAGUACAAGCUCCAAUCUCACUAAGCAUCAGAGAAUUCAUACAGGGGAGAAACCCUAUCAGUGCGUGGAAUGUGGAAAGAGCUUCACUCAGAGCUCCUCUCUCACUUUCCAUCAGAAAAUUCAUACAAGAGAGAAACCCUAUCAGUGUGUGGAAUGUGGAAAGAGCUUCAGUACAAGCUCCUCUCUCAAUUCCCAUCAAAGAAUUCAUAGAGGGGAGAAACCCUAUCAGUGUGUGGAAUGUGGAAAGAGCUUCAGUUACAGCCACUAUCUCACUUCCCAUCAGAGAAUUCAUACAGGGGAGAAACCCUAUCAGUGCAUGGAAUGUGGAAAGAGCUUCAGUCAGAGCUCCCAUCUCACUAAGCACCAGAGAAUUCAUACAAACGUUGGAAAAACCAUUAUAUAGCUUUAGGAGCC